AGCAGUGUGCCCAACAUAAGCGAUGUAAAAACUGUCGUAUGAGUUUGAAGUAUGGUUGACGAAGCUACAAAAUCUACAUUAAGCGGUAUUCCGUUACUUAAAACUAAAGCAGGACCAAGAGAGAAAGAAUUAUGGGUACAAAGAUUAAAGGAAGAGUACCAGUGCCUUAUUAAGUACGUACAAAAUAAUAAGGCUGCUGAUAACGAUUGGUUUCGACUAGAAUCUAACAAAGAAGGGACAAGAUGGUUUGGGAAGUGCUGGUAUAUCCAUAACCUUCUGAAAUACGAGUUUGAUGUCGAGUUCGAUAUACCAGUUACCUAUCCGACGACGGCGCCGGAAAUUGCUCUUCCAGAACUUGAUGGAAAGACAGCAAAAAUGUACAGAGGUGGAAAAAUUUGUUUAACAGAUCAUUUCAAACCAUUAUGGGCCAGAAAUGUUCCGAAGUUUGGAAUUGCACAUGCGAUGGCCUUAGGGUUGGGACCAUGGUUGGCAGUGGAGAUUCCAGAUAUGAUUGAGAAAGGAGUCAUUUCGUACAAGGAAAAAUCAGAGGGAUGACCCAUAUGAAGAGAAUAGGACAAAUGAGAUUUGGUGUCGACAACAAAUGACAUCCAGAAAUUAACUGGCUGUGAAUGUCAUUCCUUGACCAUAAUUUCUAUUGUACUUUUGCGUGCACAUGUAUGAAAAGUUGACACACAGAGAUAUUUGUGAACAUACAGAGAUAUUUGUGAUUUAAUGUAAUGUCUGUUUCUAUCUUGUACAUUUUGUUUUUUGAAAGAAUAUAGUGUCCUUAUGCUGGCUAUAAAGAAACAUAAUGUGUUGUUUUGAAAGAAUAUAGUAUUAAACAUUGUGUAUCAUGGA